UUUGAUAUGAAAGGAGACCGAACCAACAACUUCAGGUGAAAGUUUAAUGUUCUUAACCACAAACACAGUAUAUGUAGUGUUAGUGAUAUAAUACCAUGAAAUACCUAAGCGCUCUCUCUCUCUCUCUCUCUCUCUCUCAAAACAAAAAAACCAAAAACAAAUGAAGAAAGCUUAUGUUACAAGGGUAUAUAGUACGUCAUUGCCUCUCAGAGUGACGAGGCACACAAACGACCCCUUCCAAGUCCCACAUUACGACAAUUUCAAUUCAAACACCAUCCCACCACGAAACCGGCCUUUGUAUCCCUCCCGUCCUAGUAAAAUAUCACUUCCACAAGCUAACCUCAUAGCUAGUAGCCAAUUUUUACUAAUUUCAAUAUUGUUGGAUUAUUUUAUUUAAUUCAUCCCCCUUCAUUUCAUUGACCGGCUCUCUCUCUCCUUUAAAUAUUUCAUGUCACCACAUCUAGCUCUUAUGUCCUCCUGCCCUUUGAGUUUCCAAUAUUAAUAUAACAUGAUACAUAAAUUAAUCUCCCCACAACUUCAUCACCAAAACCCCAAAACAGAUCAACCCUUGUUCUUCUUUUUCAAUCCGUCUUCGUCUUCGUCUUCGCCUUCGUCUUCACCGGCAUGGAUUAUUCGGCAGGCAAGUCUCCGAGAAGAGAGCUUCAGCUUCAAGGCCCACGUCCUACACCUCUCAGGGUUCAUAAAGACUCUCACAAGAUCAAGAAGCCUCCAAUUGUGCCCCAACCCUCCUCACAACCACCCUCCCAGCAGCCUCAUCUCUACCAGCAGCCACGUCAGCCGGUCAUAAUCUACACCGUGUCCCCGAAGGUCAUCCACACAAACCCUAGUGAAUUCAUGGACCUUGUCCAACGCCUCACGGGCUUAAACUCUUCUUCAUCUUCUUCCCCACCUACUCAAAAUAAUCCUAAUAAUCCUCCCAAUUAUGACAAUAGCAAUAACAAUAAUUCUCGUGAUGAUCAAGUGAUGAAGACAAGUUCUGCUCAAGAUGUUGCGCAAGGGAUGGAGAUGGACGGUGAUGAAGGUGGUGUGAGGCAGAAGGGUUUGUUUCCGGGGAUCUUGUCACCGGGGCCCGCUUCGCUCAAUCCGAUUCCUUCGAACUUCUUCUCUCCACCGUCGGAUAGCUUCUUCCAUGAUUUGAGCCCGGUGCUCCAUGGAAACAGGAACUUCAUAGAAGGUAGCUUCAUGCCUAGUCCUUCAAACUUCUUUUCCCCUAGCACUCCAUCCAUAGACUUAUUCAACAAUUUCCCCGAUUUAUAGUUUUUCUUUCCUUCUUUAGUUUUCUAUUUUCAAAUUCUUUUCCUUCACAGAAAGAAUGGGAAUUUCAGCGGAAUUACUUAGAGAUGUAGAUUGCUUUUGGGUUCCUGGUUUUUUUUCUUUUUUCUUUUUUCUUUCAGAGAUAUAGAGUUUUAGUCAUUGGUGAAGAAGAUAAUACAAAAGGGACUAAAGUGGAAUUUUGAAUUAGUUUUGGUGGGGAGGCAGGUGGGAAAGUUCUUAGAUUAAUUGUUAGUUUAAUAUUGUGGGCCGCAGGAUGGAGAGUGGCUGGCUCUCAAAUAUCAUAUAUAUGAUACCCAUGCUUUUGUUUUCGAUACCAUCUUUUGUCAUGUACCUUUGGCAUGUAAUUUCCAACACAUGUAGUUGACCUUUCUCAAUGCUCUUUUCAGUUUGUUUUAUACGUGCUUUGCACUAAUUUAUACUAUUGUUCA